GCUAGCGCUGGAGAUGUGCCCAGCACGUGAGCUUCCGACUAAACGCACGCACAUCUACACAGACGGCAGUUACAACGGCACCCCACACACAGCAGCCUGGGCAGUGAUCAUUGUCGACGAGUACGACGACGGGCGCAGCUCACGAGGCCCGUUCGGCGUUCGGGGUUUUGUUGCUGGCAAGGUCACCGAGACUUUACACGACAUGGCUGACAACGAGAAGGUGGCGGCAUAUACGGCUGAGCUCACGGCAGUGCUGUGGGCACUCAUGCGGGCCCUCGGUCAAGACACCACCGCCCCCAUCGAGAUUACGCCUGACGCCCUCAACGUCACCAACCUGGCCAAAGGAGAUGCCCAAUGCCACGUACAUCCACGGCUUGGCGCCGCCAUUCGGUCUCUUGCUGGCCUCCUCGAAGAAGCUCGACCUACUCAGUGGCACCACAUUAACUCGCAUAUUGGCCACCCUUGGAACGAACUUGCAGACGGAGUAGCAGAUCAAGCUUCGACCACCGACCUGAUGGACCCGAAUCUAGCAGCAGUGCAGGCGAUCGCGCACAACAAGUUUCUAUCCUGGGAGUGGUUUCGCUCAGCGCCUGAGGACGUCAAGGCCGCCUACCCUCCCAUGCGAGAUCAGGCCUUCAUCAUCGGGGCCACCCAGCCGCAGGCAGCCCCCAGUGCUAUCCAGCGGCCCAUCAGCACGACCACCACCAAGGCCGACCUCAGCUUGAACAUGUGCACCUACAACUGCAGAUCACUCAAGGCCGCCGUUAACUUCAAGUCGGGCAAAGGCAAGGCGGCCAGCAAAAGCAGGCAGAGCAUUCCCAAGGUUACACACCUAGCAGCACAGUUCUCGGACAUGGGCCUCCACAUCGUGGCCCUCCAGGAGACGCAGAGCGACGGAGACGUCCGCAACGUUGGAGAUUAUGUCUGCUUCUCUUCAGGCCACGCGCAGCAGAACAGAGGAUGUGACAUUUGGCUCAACGUCUCCCAGCCGAUCAGCGUGGGCGGGGUCGCGAGGUACCUAAGCGCCAAGGACACCCUCGUCGUCCACCAGCACGACAGGCUCUUGAUCAUCAAGACCCGCGUGGCAGGCACUGACAUGGUCAUCGCCUCCGCGUACGCCCCCCACGAAGAAUCCCAGUCGGCUGAGAAGACAGAAUUUUGGGAUUCCGCCCAGCGACUGGCCGCCAAGUACCACGUGGACAUCUUCAUGGGGGACCUGAACGGGCGGCUCGGCGACUACGAGUCCCCAGGAGUUGGCACCAGUGGGUAUCCUGAACCUACCAAUGGCAACGGCAAGCACAUCAUAAGCUUCGCAGCCGACACCGACAUGGAAGUCAUCAACACCACGAAGGAUCCAGGAAACAGUUCGUAUACGCAUAUUGGAUCUAAGAGGCAGCGCCACAGGAUUGACUACAUCCUGGCGAGCUCCUCUAUCGCCCCGUACGUGACGAGCUGCAGCACGGAGCCAGGGCUCGACCGAGGCACCGCUGCACAAGACCACAUACCAGUACUCACCACCCUUAAGUGGGCCGUCAGCAAGACCACCAAGGCCUCAGGGCCGCGGCCCGACCUGACCAACCUAAACAACGAUGACGCCAAGGCUAGAUUCAAGGAGAUUAUCAAGCAGGCCCCGAUCAUCCCCUGGGAGGUGGACGUCAACACCCACUGCGAGGAAGUCACCAGAGUCGUCAACAACGCGGCCAUCCAGGCCUUCGGCAAGGCCGUCAAGACAGCUCGGAAGCCCUACAUCACCAAGACCACCAUGGGCCUCAUCCGAGCCAGGCGCCUCGCACUUCGAGUCCAUCGUGCAGUGCUUAGAGGAGAAGCCCAUGACGACCGACCUGGCCGACUAGUGGCCCACGCCCACUCCCUUCUUGGAGGCGAGGUCGGCGACUCAUUGGCCCUGUGGAGCACAGAGCGCGGCGACGACGACGGCACCAUCCACGACAUCCACUACUAUUCGCACCUCCUCCUGCACUGGAUGAUCUCGCCCAUGGACUACGCCAUGGCCAUCCACUCCCUCCUCACUAGGUCUGGGCUGCUCACAGCCUCGGCCGUCGAGAAGGACCGCAGCGCUUUCCUCAGCCGGCUAGCAUCAACGGCGUCCUCCGCCUCUGCUGCGAACGACGCGGCGGCUCAGUGGAAGGCUUAUCGGGACCUGCUGAGGUACGGCGGCAAGAGGGCGCGGUUUCCAGCAGGCAAGCCGAUGAGACUGGACCAGAACGGAGAGGUGGUCCACAACUCCCAGGACAUGGCGGACCAGGAGCUCAACCAUUUCGCGAAGAUACAGGCAGGCAAGAUCGUGACAGCGGGCGACCUCGCCCACAAGUACAACCAGGACAGCCAGGCCAGGCCCUUCCAGGGCACGCUGGACCUCUCCAUGGUGAUGCCCCUGUCCGUCUGCCAGGCCCAGUUCGCCGCGGCCAAGGCUGGGACGCAAGGAGGCCCUGACGGGAUCACGAACGCCAUCCUCAGGGCGGCACCUGCCGAGGCAGCUGCGCUACUUCACCCGCUCUUCACCAAGGUGUCGACCACGGUGCGGGAGCCGCUGAGCUUCAAGGGCGGAGACCUGGUCGCCAUCCCCAAAGGCAAGGGCGACCCCCGCUACCACCUAGCAUACCGUGAGAUCCUCUUGAACAACGUCCUGGGCAAGCACCACCACAAGUACCUGAGGACCAUGCUCAACGCCACCCUCGCCAUAGCGCUGGAGGACAUCCAGGUCGGCGGCCGGCCCAAGAGAGGGGCCGACAUGGCGGUCCUAGCAGCGCGCCUCUUCACCGAGAGAAGCCAGGCCCAAGGGAAGUGCUCCAUGAUCAGUUGCUACGACCUAAAGGUGCUCGACAACCUAGAAGUUCCCCUGUGGGCCCAGCCGCAGCUGGAGCACCUCAUGGCUAACCCAGGGAUGCUCGACACCGUGCUGGAUGGUUCCCACCUGGCUGCCCUCAUUGCCGAGGGGUAUCGAAACAGGUGGACAUCGCACCGAUUAUCCCAGAGCUUCAUGGCGCCGCACAAAGGCACGAGGCCUGGC